UUCAGAGUCCUCUUUGUUUUUGCCAUUUCUCGAGCGAUUCGAGUCUUGUAUAGAUAUCUAUAAUAGCCAUGUCCUUUUCUAGAGUGCCAUCAAUAAGCCCCCUUCACCAUAUCCCCACGCUUUUCAGAUGUUCCCCUCGCGCAAACGCUCGCCACAGCAACUCAAACUAUAGACUUUCAAUACGAAGAUCCCACACUUUAUCCCCCAACGAGCUCAAGAGGCUACUCCCCACCAUGGAGAACUUGGGGCUGAGAGAAGGCGAUCAUGUCACAGUAGGCAUGUCCGGAGGGGUCGACUCUGCCACGACGCUUGGUAUACUCAAAGACUUUCCCAUACACCUCGACGUCAUAUUCAUGCGCAACUGGGAUCCCCUCCUCUCCGAAUCAUCACCCGACUCCGACUCCCCUGCUCCCCAAACAUCCCUCUCCUACACCCCCUCCUCCCCCUCCUCAACAACUCCCAAAACCCCAAACCUCUCUCCCUGCGAAUGGCAACGCGACUACACCGACGUCCUCUCCGUCUCGUCCCACCUCGGCGUGCCCGAGGCCAAAGUCCGCUUUGUCGACCUGAGCAAGGAGUACUGGAGUCGGGUGUUUGAGCCUGCUGUGGGCGUUUGGGAGAGUGGGGGUACGCCGAAUCCUGAUGUCGAUUGCAACAGAGAGAUCAAGUUCGGAGCUCUGCUCGACGUCUUGCCAAAGAACGACCGUCAUUUCCUCGCAACCGGCCACUACGGCCGCAUAUCCCACUUCCCAUCGUCCCCAUCACGUCUACUCCGAGCCGCCGACACGUCCAAAGAUCAGACUUACUACCUUUCCCAGAUGACCGAAUACCAACUAUCCCGCACGAUAUUACCUCUCGGCGGGUUAUUGAAAAAGGACGUUAGAAGACUAGCACUGCAUUGGGAUUUACCGAAUGCGAAGAAGGCGGAGAGUAUGGGCGUCUGCUUUAUCGGCGAACGCGGUAAAUUCGGGGACUUUAUCUCACAAUACACCUCCCCCCCACCCCCAGGCUUCUUCACAACCCCCUCCGGUACUCCCCUCCAGCAGCACAAAGGCCUCUGGCACUACACUAUCGGGCAAAAAGCGCGCUUAGGCGGGCAGAAGGAGGUGUUGUUCGUUGCUAAGAAGGGGGUGGGGAGGGAGGGGCAGGAUAUCGUGGUUGUUCCUGCGGGUCAUCCGGCGUUACUUUGUUCUUCGGUAUGCACUGCGUCGUUCAUCUGGAUCCAUGGAGGCGAGGAGGCGAAAGCCAUCAUCAAGGAAAGACCGGCGGGCGUGAUGGUCCAAGUCAGACAUCGGAUGGAACCUACGCCGGCAAAGGUGGAAUUUGGCGAGAACCUUUCAGACGUCAAGGUUAUCUUCGAUCCUCCACUGGUAGGCGUCAGCCCAGGACAGGUGGUUGGGAUUUGGCAUGAGGGGUGGUGUCUCGGAAGCGGGGUCAUCGAAAGUACCGAAUGCGUCGACGAAAGUGUGAGCUCAAGCUAGGUGCUAGUGGGCAAAAAGUGUCGCGCUGUAGAGUGGUGCCCGCGAUGUACAUGAAUCCGACAACUCAUCUAGCAUGAAUGCAUCCCAAAGAAUCGCUUCCGC